AGCUCACAGAUUAAAAUCUAAGUUUACAGAUUGCACGUCAGGCAGGAAGAAACAGGCUGAAAUACCCGACCGGGGGACUACAAGAUCCUGGAGUCUGAAGAGAAACAGGAAUAUUUCAGGUGCUCUGGGGUUCAGAUCUUUACGAUUCUGCAAAAACUGAAGAAAAACAAACAUGAACGUCUUCUAGUCUGCUUCUCAGUUUCUGGUGGUUUCCUUCUGAGUGAGUGCGAGUUCAGGACCUCCCUGCAGCACAUGCAGCUGCCGCUCAGCCCUCCCAGUCCUCCCAGCCUUCUCCUCAGUGGGAGUGCUGGGCCGGCUGGAGGGUUUGUGUGUGUGUGUGUGUGGGGGGAGUCUCCUUGUUGUGGAGGGGAGGGUAAAGUGGGCGUCUCUGCAGCUCACAGCUCUAUUACUUAGAGAACAAUCAGAGUCACAGUGAUGGCAGCAGACGGAGGAAGAGGAGGAACAGAUUGAGAGCUCAGUGAAGGAUCGUCAGGUAGAGAAUCCUUCAGAAUCAGCCAAUGAACGAACAACGUCUUCCAGCUGCAUGAUCGACCUCUGACGGGACCGUUCAAAAGACCUUCGUCUUCAUGGUCGUCUUUUUUUUGAACAGAGAAGAUGAAGAUUCAGUGACACGCAGACGACAUGAGCACUGACUCUGACUGCUGAACGCUGGGAGUCAGACGAGCAGAGGAGGCAGGAGACGAAAACAGAGACCCGAGAGAUUCUUAUUAGUGGUGCAGCCGGACUGUGCCAUGAUCGUCCCUGUGGUGGUUUUGCUGCUGGUCCUGGUUCUCUCUGGACCUGAGUUGUCUCGCCAGGACGAGGCUCAGGAUAUCGGGACCAGCGAUAACAUCCUGGAGAGAGACUUUUUGUACACAACAAACAGACAGAAACGUGCCGUGGUCGACCACAGCGCGACCCAAACAGACAAAUGUUCCUACACCUUCAUCGUCCCUCAGCAGAAAAAUACAGGGGCCAUCUGUGUGAACUCAAAGGAGCCUGAUGCCCUGCUGGAGAACCGGGUCAACAAGCAGGAGCUGGAGCUUCUGAACAGCGAGCUGAAGAAGCAGCGGCUGCAGAUCGAGGUGCUGCAGCGGCUGGUGGAGGUGGACGGGGGUCUGGUGAACGAGGUGAAGCUGCUCCGGAAAGAGAGCCGCAACAUGAACUCCAGAGUGACGCAGCUCUACAUGCAGCUCCUGCACGAGAUCAUCCGCAAACGGGACAAUGCCCUCGAGGCGUCGCAACUCGAGACGCGGGUCCUCAACCAGACCAACUCGAUGGGCCAACUCGCUUCGCGAUACCAAGAUCUGGAGCUGAAGUACCAGCACCUGACGGCGCUUGCCAGCAACCAGAGCGCCCUGCUGCAGCAGCUGGAGGAGACCUGCAGGAGGGGGGGAGGACACUCCUAUGGGGGAGGACACCAAACAUACGGAGGGGUGCAGGAGAGGAGUCGUCCAGUCCAGCCUCAGCCUCCUGUCCUCCCUCCUCCCCCGCCUCAGAGACCCGCUCUCUCUCCCGGAGGGUACAGGCCCUUCCACCCCCCCACAUACCCCCGACACACCAACAACCCCAUGACCAACGAGAUCCAGAACGACCAGAAUGCCAAAGCCUUACCGCCUCCACUACCCACAAUGCCCAGCACCGUCUACAGCUUCACUAACGAGCCCUCAGGUCCGUUCAGAGACUGUCUGGAGGCUCUGGAGAGCAGAUACUCCACCAGCGGCAUGUUCCUCCUCAAACCAGACAACAGCAACAAACUCAUGCAGGUGUGGUGCGACCAGAGGCACGACCCAGGAGGCUGGACCGUCAUCCAGAGACGCCAGGACGGAUCCGUCAACUUCUUCAGGAACUGGGAGACGUACAAGCAAGGCUUUGGAAACAUCGACGGGGAGUACUGGUUGGGACUGGAGAACAUCCACUGGCUGACCAAUCAGGGAACCUACAAGCUGCUGGUGACCCUGGAGGACUGGACGGGACGGAGGACCUUCGCAGAGUACGCCAGCUUCAGACUGGAGCCCGAGUCCGACUUCUACAAGCUGCGAGUGGGCCGGUACCAUGGCAACGCCGGAGACUCUCUGACAUGGCACAACGGCAAGCAGUUCACCACACUGGACCGAGACCACGACGUCUACACAGGUAACUGUGCUCACUACCAGAAGGGCGGUUGGUGGUACAACGCCUGCGCUCACUCCAACCUGAACGGCGUGUGGUACCGCGGCGGACAUUACAAGAGCCGGUACCAGGACGGGGUCUACUGGGCCGAGUUCAGAGGAGGCUCAUACUCUCUGAAGAGAGUGACCAUGAUGAUCCGACCCAACGGGAACACCUUCCAGUGACACUAAGGACUGGUUUGAAUGGACAAACAAAAAAGGGAUCCAUCAGGCGGCGUUCAUUUCAUCUUCAGCCUCUGCGUUUUCUUCUGUUGGACAUUUAACCGUUGAGUCAUAACGAGGCUGGAACCACGUCUGAUGAUCCCCGCACAGUUUCUGUAUUUUAUUCUCCUUACAGGUCAAAGUUCAACUUUUCAUCACACACCUCGAUCAAGUCAACUGGUGUUACUGGUGUUACUGGUGUUACUGUGCACAUCAGGGACUUCAAUAAAUACUAAAAGAUUUCUUUGAGUUUACAUUCAGGGAUUAUUAUUGACUGAUGGGGAUGAACUGGUAUAAUAAACCAGUACUGAGAUCACAGUGGUGUUUGUAUAGCAUAAUGGUGCGUUCCAUUUACCUCGGAUCUCUGAACUGGGAAUGACGUCACACCUGAGUUAACCGCAUUCCAGUUGCGAGUUAGCAACAAAUUGGACAAGCAACAUGGAUGCCUCCAGGAGCACCUUUGUCUUGUUAGCUAAUACCAGACGAUAACAACACACAAAGUGAUAGUUUACAUGCGAUAAUAACAGGACAACAUGUCCACAGGUAGAACUUAUACGAUCCUGGAAUAUCCGUAGGGGUGGGGGAAAAAAUUGAUUUGUGUAAAAAUGGAGAUUCUUAUCUUCUGAGAUUUGAAAUAGAUUAAUAAAUUCCAAAAAUCAGUUUUUUUUGGCUGAUCAGUCACUCCCUGCUGAGUGCUAAGGCUGGCUUUUUAACUCAGUAGAAUGUCAAAUGGAGCAACAAGAAAUUCAGCCAGUCUCACAGAUGACUGGAGCAGCUCCAUGAAUCCAGAAUCGUUUGGAAUCGAAAAUAGAUUCUCAAUUGAAUCUUGAGAGAGCCAAAGACUCCCAAUCCCUAACUAUCUUUGUGAUUGAUUUAACUACACAAAACGAGGACAACGCUGCUAAUAAAGACAACAGUUACAGCUUAACUGUUCUGUUGAUGCACAAAUCGGCCAUGUUGGAUUUUAACUCGGGCUACCAAAGGUUCUCUGAAUCUGAAUCCUGACUUCAGGGGGCGACUUCCUGAAGACAUAUCAGACCUGAACUCUGGAUUUCCGACUUUCCGAGAUCCAAUGGAACGCACCAUAAACACAACAACACAGACCGAGAUGAAAUCCAUGGAGGAGGAAUCGAGCUAUUUAUUUCAGUAAACUAUUAAAGGGGAUGUCAGUUAGCGAUUUGUUUGCUUCUUCACUAACUUAACAGACAAACAUUCAUACGUUUAUUCAACUCAAUCAUCCUCGGAUAACAAGAACAUUUCACUUGCUUUGCUCGAGAUCUCGACUUACUCACAUCGUUAUCUCGGGCUAACAACGCUGGUUUUUCUGUGUUGAUAAAACAGUUUCUUGAGAUCCAAAAAAAACCUGGAAUGAUUUCUUCAUCAAAGGAAACCCAGCGUUGGUAUCCUGAGGUAAGGAAGCGAAUAAGUCGAGAUCUCGGGGGGAAAACAAAGUUCAGUCUGGACUAGUUUGUAGUUAAUUUGCAGUUAUUUAUUUUUGGUGGUAUGGCUCAUGUCUUGGAUCUCCCUGUGCUUACAUGGUUAGCCUAAGUCAGGGAGAGAAGCAGCAAAAACCCCAAACAACAAACAUCAAUGACAACAUCAUGACCUUAAGUCAGACACAAUAAAGGAGGAUCUGGGUGGAGGAGGGGAGCAUAUGAAGCCUGCAGAGGGAGCUGCAAAGAGUAGGCAGCUAGAGCAGCUUAAAUAAGGCGGCAUGAGUGUGAUCAUCAGCCAAUAGGAGGCUUUGAAGCUUAUCAGCUGAUGAGGGCUUGCAUGAAAUCAGCUGUUAAGAAAACACUGGCAUGACAGCAGAGCGGGACCCCUUGGCCUUUGUGAACUAACAUUUAUUAAAAUGUAUGGUCGUAUGUACGGCUCCAGUUUAACUAUGUGAAAGAACGAGUUCAACAUGUCAACUCAUUUUUGCUCCCACUGAUGGUGCAAGAACAUCCUCUGUCAGAAGACCUCCAUCUUUACAUCCUGAUAAGCCAAUACAUCGUCACCUUUCAGAAAAAACAACAUCAAUGUUUUGAUGCUGAAGAUUUCAGUGCUUUAACUUUUGCACCAGCCUCACCCACUCUCGUACAGGACAGCUAUCCCUCAACGAUUACAGAAAAUAAUAAAUGUACCAUUUUGAAGGUUUUAUUUGUAACCGACCAGCUCAGCAGAGUUUAUCUGUCUGCUCUCCCAAGGUUUCAGUCAGUGUGUUAACAAGCAGACACAGAAUGAACAGCGCUCUGUUAUUUUUAUAGUUUCAAAUAUUGCAAUAAACGAUGUACAGCCAUG